AUUCCGAAAGAAGGAUUGAUGUGAAUUUUCCUUAAGUAAUGAUGAAUUAAGCUUUAUGUCCUCCAAACGAAUAAAUUACAAAUUAAUGUAGUCAUUUAUUCUCCACUAAACAUCAUUUUCCCUUUAUUAGGUUCAAACCUUUCCAUUAGUUUAUUAACUUUUUUUUUCUUUCUAUAAUGCAAGUAGCAUCUAGAAACUAAUAAUGAUCAGUGUUCAUAUAUGUUUUUCUCAUACUUCAUCUUUCACGAUAUUCAAAUGCUAUUAUGAAGUUUAUACGUCGUUACUCGUUAGCAUCCAUUUCCAUCUUAAAAUAAAUUUUAUUAACAAUAAAAAUAUUGGGUUCUCUUGUAUUAUACUUGCACACAAGUUGAUUCGUUAUAUCAAAUUAAUAAGAAAAUCCCAUAAACGCAGAAAUUAAGAGAAGUGCUUUCCUUAAUUAUGGAAGUGAUAUAUUACGUUAAGCCUUAAUCUUAGCUUUACAGAGAAUAUUGAGAUAUACACAAUAUUUAAAACGAGAAAGAGCAUUAAAAAGGUAAUUCUUAGCAUCAACCUUUUCUAAACAUAUACCAGAAACAAAUUAACAACUAAACAAUAUCAAUAGACAACAGAUUAAUAAGGCACCCAUCAUUUAUAUUGCAUAGGCCAUUAUUUUCUUCUUGCCACUUAAUCUAAAAAGCGUUAAAAAGAGAGAGAAAAGUUUCUUGAGUGAGUGUUUUAAAAAAAAAUCUUGAGUGAAGAUGGGAACAGCGACGUCGACGAUGGCGGCUAAGUUAGCUUUCUUCCCACCAAAUCCGCCGUCGUACACGGUGGUGACGGACGAAUCGACGGGGAAGAUGAGAAUAUCGGCGGAAAUGAUGCGUCACCGGAGAGACGAGGAAAUAGAAGUGGUGAAGAUAAUGACUAGAAGAGGGAAUGAAAUCGUGGGGAUGUAUAUAAAGCAUCCAACGGCUAAACUAACAGUUUUGUAUUCUCACGGCAACGCCACUGACAUAGGUCAAAUGUUCAUCAUCUACAAUGAACUAAGUCACCAUCUCAAUGUCAAUCUCAUGGGAUACGAUUAUUCAGGAUAUGGGCGAUCUUCGGGCAAGCCAAGCGAGCAAGAGACGUACGCAGACAUAGAAGCAGCUUACAAUUGGCUAAGAGAAACGUACGGUACAAAAGAUGAACGUAUCAUUUUGUACGGACAAUCUGUGGGCAGUGGACCGUCGCUUGAGCUUGCUUCUCGUCUUCCACGUCUUCGAGCACUUGUUCUUCACAGUCCUUUCUUGUCCGGUCUACGUGUCAUGUACCAUGUCAAGCACUCCUUCUGGUUCGACAUUUUCAAGAAUAUUGAGAAAAUUCAACUCGUGGACUGUCCCGUUCUUGUGAUUCAUGGAACAGAUGACAAAGUUGUGGAUAUUUCACAUGGAAAGCAAUUAUGGGAGCUAUCCAAGGAAAAAUAUGAACCUUUAUGGCUUAAAGGAGGAAGCCACUGUAAUCUUGAGAUGUUUCCUGAGUACUUACCUCACUUAAGAAAGUUCAUAGGGGCCAUUGAGAAGCUUCCAGUUCCACAAUUCCGACGCCAUUCAGUAUCUGAUGAUCACAAGAAAGACAAACAACAACUGAAUCCGAAGAAAAGUAGUGGUUGGAUUGGAUCUAGGCAUAGCACGGAAUGUGUUACUUCUAGAGACAAAUCAAGAAAGAUGAGUAUUGGUCAUCGGUCAGGAAAGGCGAGAAACAGCACGGAUAGCUUUGAUCGUGCUAGGAAUAGCUUCGACAGGUUGGGUGAAAUGGUGAGAUCAGUUCGAUUGUGUAAUGUUGAUUGUGUGAAGAAUGCAGUUGCAGAGGCCUGAUGAUUGUUGUUAGACCCAACCAAAUAUUGUUCUUUUUUGUUCGUUGGUUAUAUUCUUUUGAAUGGAGAAAGAUGUUUUGUAAACAUAUAUAUCCUUCUCACUUUUCACUAAAUAAAACAAAAGAACGUAUCUUUUUAUCUUCUUCCCAAAAAUGAAAAACAUAUGUAUGUGCAUAUUUGAUAUUAGGUAUCCAGUGAAACCAGCUAUAUUUAAACUAUUCGUAUCGUAGAAAAUAUCGGUUGAUGUAGUAGGAGUGGCUCUGAUACGUUAUGUCAAGAAUUAGGAGGCGUUGAUUAGAUUAUUAAAAAAAAUUGAUUACAAACUUAAAUGAAGAUCUAUGUAUAAAAUAUAGCAGAUAAAGCAGCUCCGGCGAUGAUCACGCUUAAUUUUGAAAAAGUAGUUUCAUAAUCAUAUCCUAAUUUGUUAUGAAAAAUAAACAGAGAUUUAAGCAAAAUAAAAAAUAAAAAUAACAGAGAUUAUGUCACCGCCACGUAGGUAUAUAUGACUAAGCUUUGAAGUUAAAAGAGGGUGUGUACCCGUGGGACAAACACACGAUGGACAUAAGUUUUCAAAAUCAAGUCUACGCCACCUGAGAAGAUUUUGUCAAACUCAGAAGACUUUCUUUUGGACUGUUUAUCGGGGGUUCAUAGAUUAGGGUUCUUACCGGAAUAUAAAAAAUGAUCUCUUAACUUUUAACUAAAAAAAUUAAGAACCAGUUUUUAAUAAAGUUUUUAAGAUCCGGUUUUUAACCUUUUUAGUCAAAAAUUAAAAGACGGUUUCUUAUAUUUCGUUAAGAAUUCCAACCUAUGAACCCCCAAUAAACAUGCUCUUAGUCGCUGAAGUGGUGGGAAAUAAAUAAACCCUAAAAGCUUAAUAACUUAACAAUUAACAUCAACCAAGAAAAAAAUGGCUUCUCAUCAAAUGAACAAGCUAAUUACCAUUUUGAUUAUUUUCCUCUCCUUCACAUUAACAACUCUAGCGGAAAACUCCGAGCUCACAGGCAUUACUCAAUGCAAAUCCAGACCACGAGCAUCGUUUUGUAACAACAACAAAGAAGCGAAGACACUCAAAGUCAUAGCUAUUUUUCCAUCUUAGCUGCGAGUGUGAUUGGUGUUUCUUUACCGUUGGUUACACGUAAAAUCCCAGCGUUAGGACCAGACCUGUUAAUGCAGUGAGGUCAGUGUAAAAUGCAGAAAUAAACAAGACACAAGUUUUUUUCUUUUCGAAUUCACUAGAACAAGAAAGUCUUACACCAAUCUUUUCUAUUACAAGAAUCCUUUAGGAUUAUCCCAAUCCUAAGCUAAAACUCAUCCUAGAGUCUAGAAUUUUGUUUAUCAUAAUCACCCCGAUCACGAGCUAAACUCCUCCUGAGUCUAGGCUUCCAUCUUCAAACACUCGGAAGUACUUUAACAACCACUUCAGCACCUAAUGCAGAGCAGUGACACCAAAGGCUUGAUGACACAAGCACCAAACAAUGAUCUCUCGACUUUUCUUCUUUUAGCAGAGACAACUCUCUUCAUAGAGGCACGUCCUCCAUGUAUAUAUAACCAAAACUUUCUCUCCAAGUUCUUACAAAGACAACUUAAGCAACUUUCUUUUUUCUCUUAAGGAAUAACUCUCUUGCAGAACAUAUUGUUUCUUCUC